CCCGGAUGCUCGUGGGUCGUUUUAUUAUCGCGAGGCGAAAUGAGGUUACGGUCGUAUUUAAAUGGCAUUGACUGUCAUCGCUGCCAUUUAACAACGCGACGCGACGCGCGCGGGGAACAAUAGAGGAAUCGAUGGACGUGCAACAAAGCGUUGCCAACGCUCAUCGCGAACUACGAGACACGCGAGCACAAUAUACACGACGGGGAUAUGACGAGGAGAAGCAGAUAUUAUCACUGUCGAGAUGCGCGACGAUCCUAAUGCACCGUCGUCGUCGUAACGUCAUGACAUUUAGCGCGCGAAUGACAUCCGCUCGGCGUCACGAGGAAAUCGCAAAAAUUGCAGGAACUCCCAACGCUCCAAGCGGAAUUACUCCUCGUCCUCAUCACACACCACUCGUAACGGCAGCAAACGGUAGCGACAACGGCGACAAUGACGGCGAUAAUGUGACGGCCUACUGCCGCUUUCCGAGAAUUAUAAGUGCGUCAGCGCGAACGAACGCGCAGCGUUCACAAGAAAAGCGAGGGGAGAGCAUAUUAUUUGCGCGAUGGAUCGUGCGCGACAAAGGAUCUCGAGGAAAAAAGUGACAUAAGACAAUUCCAGCUAGCAUUCGUCCAGAUUACCUUUAAGAUACAUUUUAAAACUCAUAAAAAUACAAAAUGAUAAAGAUAAUUAAGUACGAUAACUUAAAUUUCGAAAACUAAGUCGGACGAAACGCUCGAAUAUUCAAUUACGUUUGUUAGCAUAUUUCAAGAAACAUUAAUAUUUGUACCGAUUAUCGUGCAAUUGAAUAUGGAAAAAUAAUAUUGAAAAAUAUAGA